GGUGCUUAUCGAGCCUAUCUUAGCAUUCUUGUUUUGCUUGCUCCUUUCAUGGAACCAAUCAAGUGCUGUGCAAUUGGUGCAGGUCUAGCAACACUUACUUUCCAUGUCCCAUUUGUUCUCGGUCUUCCUUCGCUCUUUACCCUGCACGGCGUCCUCGAGCGCAAUCCCCGUACUCCCUCCGGCACCGUUUGUGACCGUUUCCACCUUUCUUCCGCUGAAGUAAAGCUUUACCAAACUCUCGAGGAAGUCCUUUCCGAUCCCGAGAUCGAAUUAGUUCUGGUUGGUACCCCGAAUGACACGCAUUAUGCUCUAGCCAAAGCCGCGCUGGAAGCAGGAAAACAUGUUCUAGUGGAUAAACCUGUUACACCCAGUGUACAAGAGGCAAAAGAGUUGGGCGAGUUAGCUCGAGAUAAGGGAAAGGUCUUGUAUGCGUUUCAGAAUCGCAGAUGGGAUCAAGAUUUUUUGGCAUUGAAGAAAUUAUUGGAUCUGCCGGAUAGUGACCCGAAAAGUUUGGGGACUGUGGUUGAGUUCGAAUCGCAUUUCGACCGAUAUCGCCUUGGAUUGAAAGGGUCAUGGAAAGAUGAGCCGCGUCCAGCUGCUGGGCUAAUAUACGACCUCGGCUCGCAUCUGAUUGACCAGACCCUUUGCUUGUUUGGUCGACCCACACAGAUCACAGCGUUUGCAUCAAACUUGAGGGGAGUAGGACAUCCUGAUGUAGACGAUAAUUUCACAAUUCAUAUGCACUACCCAGCCGGAUCCGCUCUGCCAUACCCAUUUACCGCCAUCCUCCGCGCUCACCCCCUUUCCGUUCACUCUCCUCAACUCCGCUUCAACGUCCUAGGUCAGAAAGGAUCUUACAUCAAAUACGGCGUGGAUGUUCAGGAAGAGCAACUUAAGAGUCUUACUGCAGUUCCUGUCACCGCUACUAGUACCAGCACUGCAAGCCUUACUCCGGAAAAUCUGAUCACCUCUCCCUCAUUAGGCUAUGGUCUCGAACCCGAAAUACUCUGGGGUGCACUCGAACACGCUACAGAUCCUGUCGGUAUGACGUUCGUUAAAUCAGUAUGGCCAUCGGAAGAGCCGGGAUGUUAUGCGGAUUUGUAUCGUAAUCUCGCAGCAGCGAUCAGAGAGGGCGUUGAAACAAAGGUCAAGUGGGAGGAGGCAACAGCAGUCAUUGAGAUGAUUGAACUAGCAAAGAAGAGUGCAAAGGAAGGCAGAACCGUUGAUGUGCCGUACUGAUGUGGACAGUAGGGACUCGAUACAGAAGUUGGUUUGUUUGUUCUCUAUUGAGAGACAUACAACGUGCGACGGUGUUAUACAGCCAGAGGUGUUGGCACAACUACUCGAAGAUAAUUAAGUUACAAAGUCACAGUCCCAAUACAGUCAAGUAAUUACACAGGAAAUGUAGGAUGCAACAGCAGCGAAGUCGACAGCACGAUAAGCAAGUAUUGAGAGUGGUUUAGAGACAGCGUACAGAUUCAUCAAGAGUAAUAAAAGAGGACUUCACGAUGUUGUUGGAGGUAUUGAAGUUCUUCGGUUCAGAGGAUAAUUCUCUGCGCCGUUCUCUGCUGUCUAUGUCAGCACAUAGGUGGAUGCAAGAGUCCCGCAACAGGACGCACCGUGUCUUGAAUCGAAAGGGGUA